UUUCUUUCUCCAUAUUUGAUCGUAAAAAAUAUUAAUUCCUAAAUUCUUUUAGAUUUCUUAUUCACCAUUCUUUUUAAAAAGAAUCAUGGGAUUCUCUUACGCCGGCGCCGGAGUUAUCAUCGUCGGAGUUAUCUUGAAUGAUUUUAUCAGAGUGGUUCGUUCUUUUCUUGAUAUUCGUCGUUUGUUAGGUGUUUAUACGUCGGCAUCUUCGGGGAGUACCAUUGCCGGUAUAAACAAGAUUCCGAUGGACGAUAUGCUUCCGGCGACAAAAUUCGAGGAGAUGUCAAGGGUUAAUCCGCCGGAGAGCUGCCGGAUAUGCCAAGAUGAGUUCGACGGCGGUGACGAUGUCCGGAUUCGGAAGAACACACAGCUGUCAUCGGUUCUUUUAGCGACAGCAGGUUGCGGCGGAGAGAGACCGGAGACGUAUGUGUGUCACUUAAACCAGUCUCCAUGGGAUGUGAUUCCGGUUUCUUCCUCCGGCGAUUGCGAGUUAACUAACCUACUCGACUCGUCGUGGUUCCUUCCUUUAUCGUCUUCGUCUUCUUCUUCUCCGCCUCUCAUUCGCAAGUUCAAUGGAGAAGAAGAUAGCUUCAAUGGGAAUGUGAGUUUGGGAGAUUGUAAUGGCGCUGCUCAAAGCUCCAUGAGAAGUAAUCACAGUCUUGUCUCCGUCGAGAAGCUUAAUCUCAAUGCGGCGGAGGAUAAGUACGAUAUAUCCCCGGAAGUUGAAGACCCAAUGGAUCAGAGCGAUAGCUAUGACAAGAAAUCUGAAGCUCGCGAGCCUAAUUCGCCGGUCAAAACCUCCGGCGAUGAUGAAAAAGUGGCUGUAACAAUUCCGGCGCCGCCUAAACGUGGACGGCCACGUGGUUCGGGCAAGAAAGCUUCCGCUCCCGCAUUGAAGAAUCCGUACGAGUUUUAUUAUUACUCUGGUUUCGGGCCACGGUGGGGGAGAAAAAGAGGCGGCUCCGACGACGAGAAGAUGGUUAUAAGCGAGAAUAAAAAGAGUAGAAGUAGCACUAGUAGCAGUAGUGAUGAAGAGGGUCAUAAAACGGCGGCGUUUGGAGGUGGGAGUGUUAGUUUUGAUGAGUUUGAUUUUGUGGAAGAGGAUUAUAAUGACGUAAUGGAACAAGAUCAAGAAAGUGAUCAUGGGAGGAAGAAAAAUAAAGAGAAGAUGAUAAUGAUGAAGAAGACGAUGAAGAGAGCAAGGAAGCCCGUAAAGGAAAGGUCUUUGAAAUCCCUCAUGUGAAAUAUUUUUGCCUUUUGAGGGCAUUUCUGUCUUUUUCCCUUAUUGUUAUUGUCUGUUUUUGUUGGUAAGGGGAUUUGGUCUGUUUGUUUAGUUCGGGAACAUUUGUAGGAAGAUUUUCUACAUCUCUGUUGUAUUUGGUUAUAUGAUUGUUUUGGUUUUCAAAUUAUUUGCCUAUCGACUUUGAUGUAUCUCAAUGCUUAUUCUUCUUAAUAUCAUCAACAUAUAUUUAAAGAGUCUUUAACUUCCUUAAAAAAUUCACCAUCCUUUA